UGUCAAUUGUCUUAAAAGCGCAUCGAUUUACAAAACAAAAAUCUGUCAGUAUGUUAUGAGCUCCCAUUUGCUGUAGUUCGCUCGGUUCGAUUUUAUGAAUUUUGAGUAUUCUGAAAGAAAUCGCCACGCUGCGUAAAUCAAUCAUAAAAGUCAUGAAGAUCAAAUUACCAAGAGAUCGUUUUCCCUCAACUUCUUCGACGGAAGACAACGAGAGUGUCAACGAUUGGGCGGAUGUGCGGCCGGUGCUGCAGCCCCGCCUGCCGCCGCCGCAGGCCAUCAUAGUGGGGUCUGUGAGGAAGCGACGCGGGAACCUGCCUAAGAACUCCGUCAGGAUACUGAAGAGGUGGCUGUACGACCAUCGAUACAACGCCUACCCCAGCGACGCUGAGAAACUCGCCUUGAGCCAAGAGGCCAAUCUCACCGUGCUACAGGUGUGCAAUUGGUUCAUAAACGCCCGCCGCCGCAUUCUGCCGGAGAUGAUCCGUCGCGAGGGCCACGACCCUUUACAGUACACAAUAUCUCGCCGCGGUCGCAAACAGCCGGGCCUGGGAGUGGGUCCCGUGGGGAUGGUGUCGGCCUCCACCUCCACCAUGAGCGUGAUGCCCGGGAACGUGACCGUCGCUGGAUGGGAGGGAGUCGAGGUUCAGAACAUAGAACAGCCGCGCGGACACGACUACGGAGACGGUCUGCUGGUGUACCGCGAGGGGGACGAGCUGGGGGACGGGGAGGAGGGGUACUCUAGUGCCGUCAGCGAGGAGGAGGUGAAGUACGACCCAUCGGUCUGGCAGUCCGUUAUACGGUACGGACCAGAGGAACAGGACCUACAUCAUAUUAAUAGAGGUUCGUCGGUGGUGAGCAUGUCGACUGAUGGUAUGGAGCUGGUGGAGAGCGAGGGAGGGUGGCAGGCGCCGGCGCCGCUGGCCGCGAGGAGGCAGGUGAGCUCUCCGCCGCCGCCCGUGGCCGUGGAGCUGGAGGUGGCCACCACGGACAUGUGGUGCCACACUUAGGCGAGAGCGGAUAACGUCCUCCCUUGUCCUCGUGAAUGUGACCGGACGACUAAUGCCACAAAAAUGCUCACUGUAGAUCAACAUGGCAUGGCAUUACCGUCAUGAUGGACCUGGCUAGCAUGCCAUAGUUAGACAAAACGAGGGAUCGCCUGAACUCCGUCAUGUAAAAUAAGUUCUAUAGAACGCUUGUAUGACAUUUUGUAAAUAAGUAGACUCAGUGCAUAUGAAUAGUGAGAGCGAUGCCCCAAACGAUCAGUAGUUGUCUGUUAUGAAGGAGACGUCGGUGUUAAAGCGCAGGUAAAGCCGUGUAAUGUACGUUGUAAAGUCGGAAAUCAAUUUUGUAAUGUUAAGAACUGUUGUUUCUGUUCGAUACAAGAUGUUGUUGGUUUGAUUUCUUAA